AUGGCGGCGGCGGGCGUGGGACAGCAGUGGGUGCUGGUGGAGAUGGUCCAGGCCUUCUACGAGGCUCCUGCUUACCAUCUCAUUUUAGAAGGAAUUCUAAUACUAUGGAUAAUCAGACUUCUUUUCUCAAAGACAUAUAAGCUUCAAGAGAGGUCUGAUCUAACACCUAAGGAAAAAGAAGAGUUGAUCGAAGAAUGGCAGCCAGAGCCUCUUGUACCUCCUGUGCCAAAAGAUCACCCAGCUCUCAAUUACAACGUUGUUUCAGGACCUCCCACCCAUAUAAUCACUGUUAAUGGCAAGGAAUGUAUAAACUUUGCAUCGUUUAACUUCCUUGGACUUUUGAAUAAUGAAAAAGUUAAGAGUGCAGCGCAGGCUUCUCUGAAGAAAUACGGUGUUGGCACUUGUGGACCCAGAGGAUUCUAUGGUACUUUUGAUGUGCACUUAGAAUUAGAAGAACGGCUAGCAAAAUUCAUGAGGACAGAGGAAGCUAUUAUAUACUCAUAUGGAUUUGCAACAAUUGCCAGUGCUAUCCCUGCAUAUUCAAAGAGAGGAGACAUUGUGUUUGUAGAUGAAGCUGCCUGUUUUGCUAUUCAGAAGGGAUUACAAGCAUCUCGUAGUAACAUCAAGUUAUUUAAGCAUAAUGAUAUGGCUGACCUUGAACGAUUAUUGAAAGAACAAGAGACUGAAGAUCAAAAGAAUCCUCGCAAGGCCCGUGUAACUCGAAGGUUUAUUGUAGUGGAAGGAUUGUAUAUGAACACAGGAGACAUUUGCCCUCUUCCAGAGUUGAUAAAACUGAAGUAUAAAUACAAAGUUAGAAUAUUUUUGGAGGAGAGCCUUUCCUUUGGAGUCCUUGGAGAACAUGGAAGAGGAAUUACUGAACACUUUGGAAUAAAUAUUGACGAUAUAGAUCUUAUUAGUGCAAACAUGGAAAAUUCACUGGCUUCUAUUGGUGGAUUUUGCUGUGGAAGAUCUUUUAUUAUUGACCAUCAGCGAUUGUCUGGUCAAGGCUAUUGCUUUUCUGCCUCCUUGCCACCUUUGUUAGCUGCUGCUGCUAUUGAGGCUCUGAAUAUUAUGGAAGAUAAUCCAGACAUUUUUCAGACUCUUCGGGCUAAAUGUGAACGGAUUCACAAAGCUUUACAGGGGAUUUCUGGUUUAAAAGUAGUGGGAGAAUCUUUUUCUCCAGCAUUGCAUUUACAGUUGGAGGAGAGCUGUGGAUCUCGAGAAAAUGAUGUGAAGUUACUCAAAAGAGUUGUGGAUUAUUGCAUGAAUAGUGGUAUUGCGUUAACACAGGCUCGCUAUCUGGAGAAAGAAGAAAAAUGUCUUCCUCCACCCAGUAUUCGAGUAGUGAUAACAGUGGAACAAACAGAACAAGAACUGGACAAAGCUGCAUCACUUCUUAAGGAAGCUGCACAGUCUGUGUUGAAUUAGACUGCUGGUUUUGAAUUCUUCUUUCCCCACAUUAUCAGUAUAAGUGUUUUACACUGUAUAGUGACUUCCAGAUUCUUCCACUGAUGGCAUUGAAACCUGGCUAACAAAAUUGUUCUAGAGUGGUAAAAAUGCAGUGAGGGGAAGAAUGCUGAAUUCUGGAGUUGGUGAAUGACACAGUGUUGUCCCAAUUCAAACUCUACCAUUAACUAGCAUUACUUAAAAUGGGAUAUCACUAUUGCAUUCAUGACUCUUUCAUAAGUUAGUAUACAAAGUUUUAUUUCCUCAAACCCUUAAAUGGUCUUAAAAAUGUGUAUUAUCAUUCAGUUUCACCCCAAACCUUGUCAAAUGUUGUUUUCUCUCCAUUUUCUCAGAAUGUGGGAACUUCGGAUAAAUUUCAAGGAAUUACCCCUCCUCGCUUUUCAAAUGAAAAUACACUGUUCCUAAUACUGCCAAAAGGAUAACACAUUAAGAUAAAAUUUUGUGCUGUGUCAUGUAUUAUUGAAUUAUAGGAGGGAGAACCUUCAAUUCUUUUUGUUUAUAUGUCUUUCUCUAACCAUUUUUGGCAGCCAGGUUUUAAGAAAGCCUGACCAGAUAGUAAAUUCGUAUUAAAUACUAUUUGCUUUUUGCAUUCCAUAUGUAAUUAUAUGCAUGCUUGAUAUUAUGGGGGAGGUUUUUCAUAUUAUUAACUUUAAAAUGUCUGAAUUCAAACCUCUGAAUUGUGAAACUGAUGUAAUUCCAGUGUAGUAUGUUCAGAUAAGGAAGCUUUGUACCAGUCUUGAAGAGGAGUAAUAGGCAACAUGGAAAAUGAAUCAAGGUUUUGAAACAGCAAUACGAGCUUAGCCAAACUACUUUUAAGCACAAAAAUUAGUGUGCUUAGUUUUAUCUGUAAACAUCUAUACCUUAGAAGGGAAGACUCAAACACAACUCAGUCUGUGCACAUAAAAUUCCCAAGUAAUUUGAAAGUAAUACUUGGAGGUUGAACUGUCAGGAUUUUAAGUAAGUACAGAUGGUCAUUACAUAUAUGGACACUUUACUUCAAUCAGGAAACUGGUAAGGAAGUAUGUACCCUUUUAUAAAACAAAAAAUACAGCUUUUUAUUUCACGAUUUUGCUUAAAAAAAGCCUGUCUAAAAAUUUUGUAUUCUGCCUAAUAUGUGUUUUUGAGUUGUUUUGUACUUACGAGCCUUUUUGGUUGCUACUACAAGGAUUACAGGACUAUUUUUGAGAAACAUCAUUGUUAAAUAUAAAGUUAAUCAUGUUUGAUUCAGAUUUUUACUUACGCAAUUGGAUUUUGCAGCAUGAUUGACCAUAUUUUGUUAAAUAUUCUACAUUAGGAAAGCAUAGUCUAUGUUGCCUCCAGUUCAUAGAGACUAUUUCUAUGCUGGCUUUCAAAACUUUUCAUCUGUGUACAUUCAGAUAAAACAUCAAAAGAUGUUUUGGGGCACUUCUGUGAUUGUUGCUUGGCAUUUGAAAUGGUCAAAUCAUUAUCUGUGCAAUGUAGUAAAGCCUUCAUUCCAAUGUGAUGGGAUGAAUUUCACUGUCAUUUAUGUUUUCUCUGUUAACUGUGAAUAAAAGCUGGUGAGAAGCCAACAAUUUAAAAGAGAAGAAAAUGUGCAGAAUGAAACUGGACUCCCAUUUUACAGACUGGAACUGAAGUGUGGAAUAUUCGUAUCGAAGACCCUCAGGGACUGCAAUAAAUGGAAAUUAAAUGUUAUCGCUCUACUUUGAGCUUUUGAGCCAUUUUUGGCUGAAUAAUUGAAACCUGCAAAUUCAAGUGAAGUCAAGUCUUUGAUGUAUAAACUUGGAACAAAUUAGGUACUUUUGAUUCCAGUACAGCAUAUUAAAUGGUUUUGGAGUUAAGAUAAAUCUGGGAAGGUAAGCAAAUAACCAUUGGCAUUGGAAUUCUAGGUUGCAGAAUCCAUAUUAAAUUCUCUCAUUUUAUUUUAGGUUUUCUGCAAAUGGGGUGGAUUUUUUGUGUGCAUAGAGAACUAGCAAUAAUUUUUAGAUACAUGGAUUUGUGUUGUUAUUUUUGUUCUUGGUUUGCUGUGUAGUUUUGCUUUUAAGUGAAGUGAUGACAACUAAGGUAGCAAAAAGCAGAGUGAAAUUUCUAGCAAUUUCAAAGCUGUGACUAAGUGGUUGUGACGAAAUAAAAGUUCAAAAAUGUUGCUAAGAGAUGCCAUAAUCUGAUUCAUUUUACAAGAACAUGCCCACCAUUAAAACAUUGAUAAAACUGCCUUUGUCCUUUUUCAUUGUUUGCCAGUAUAUAGGAAAGAAGAAUUUGGAUCACAGUAAAGUGAAUACCUUGAUUGAUAGCAGCUGAAGCGUUCUUGCAAUGUAUGUUUUACUGACAGGUUAUAUGCAUGGUCUCUGUGAGAAAUUAUGACACUUAUGAGAUGUUAGUGGUGGAGAGGGAUAUCCCUGGUCAGUUUAAGCAUGUCUGGCUCCUCUUCAUUUUGACUUUCUUGAUAAAUGUCUCUGUCAUGGCAAGCAGAAGAAGAAAUGGGUGGCUCUGGGGAAAAAUGUUGAUUGGGGUUAGGGAGACAGCAGGUGAUUCUGAUUAAACUUCUGACAUUUGAAAAAUCAGAAGCCUGUUUAGGUGCUUAACUGCCCGUGCUCUUGGCUGAUAAAUAUAUGAAGAAAUCUGUGUUAGUUGCUUUAUAGUUACAUUUGAUUUGGUAUUUUCCCAUCCAUUUCUUCAGAUGUGGGCAUGAGACUGGAUUUCAGUGUAAAGCUAUUAAGUAAGAUCCUGUGAGAUGAGUCAACACAAGGGCCUUAUACCAAACUUCAAAGUAUCUUUUGAAAAUAAGUUUUGUUUCAAUUCAUUUAUGUGUUUCACUUUGCCACAUACUUGGAACAGAGUUUCAGCUAAGUGGAUAAUAAAUCCAGUAUUUAAAAUAGUGUUAAAAAAUCAAUGUUAAUUUUCUUAAUUGACUAUUAAUAUCUGGUAGUUGAGAAGGAGGGCAUUUUAACAGUAAAAAGUUGGCCAUUUAUUGAAAUUGUCUUGAUGAAACCAGUUUUUUACAAUGUAUCAGGAUUGGGAUGGACUAGAAUGAAUUUAUACUUUGAAAAUAUUUUAUCUUGAAGAAAUAUGUCUACCUGAUGUAUAUCCCUAUUUUAAAGAGAGAUUUAUUUUCCUUGAAUAAUUAUUUAAAAAUAAUUGAUUUCUAUUUGUGUAGUUUCCUGGUUUUUAUAGGAAAAACUACAGAUGCCUUUUCUGUUUAUUAUAGUAAUCAUUAUUUUUGGAUAGGAGGUGAAAUGCAUAAGGAGGGUAUUAAGAAAGAAAGAAAGAAAGGAGACGUAUGGCUGAAUAACUUUGAUUUUAUUUUUUUACACUUUUGAAAUAUGAACCCAGUGAAUAUAUAGAAUGGUGUACUGUCUCCUUUCUGUCACUCCAUCUGGACUUUAUUAUUUUAAACAGGGUUGUGGAGUGUUGGCAUUCAGUGAUCUAUGAAGUUGCUACCGCAAAAGUGGCUUGCAUCUUAAGAUGACUGGAGAAGUGCACAUGUAAAUGUACAGAGCUGUAAAUGCUGCUUAAACAGGGGAAA